AUGGCAGCACCGAUGCCACCAUAUGGAGAAAAAGGAGAAGCCCCACCACCUUACUUCAACUUGCCAGCGGCAGUACAAGCGGCACCAAACCCAGGACCACCACAAGGCCAGUACCCGCCGCAGGGCCAGUACCCGCCGCAGGGCCAGUACCCACCGCAGGGCCAGUACCCGCCGCAGGGCCAGUACCCACCGCAGGGUCAGGCCCCACCGGCUGCCCAGGCCCCACCGGCUGCCCAGGCCCCAGUUGUUGUGAUAGCUACUCAGCCGGCAAACUUCGGCAAAUACCCUAUGAACAUGACCUGCGGAAACUGCCAUGCUAAGAUUCAGACGUCAGUGCGCUACGAAGUUGGAACACUCACUAUCUUACUUUGCUUUGUUAUAUUUCUUUUUACCGGUAUAUGUUGCUUCAUUCCUUUCCUCAUUGACGACUGUAAAGAUGCAAUACAUCAUUGCCCUUCAUGCAAUACCACAGUCGGGCGUAAAGAUGGAAUUUAA